CUCUCUCUCUCUCUCUCUCUCUCUCUCUCUCUCUCUCUCUCUCUCUCUCUCUCUCUCUCUCUCUCUCUCUCUCUCUCUCCAUACUUUACAGUCGAAGUUGCACCCAACAUGAGUUUUGUGCAAACCUACGCACCUUUACACCUUAAAUAUAAUGCCCCUCAAGCCCAAACCCUUCAAACACACUUCUCUCCUCUCUUUUUCUCUCUCUCUCUCUCUCUCUCUCUCGUUCCCUCUGUCUCUCUCGUUCUCUUUCCCUUUCUCUAAACAUUUAGAGAUGGACUAUCAGCCAAACACAUCUCUACGUCUGAGCCUACCAAGUUACAAGAACCACCAACUAAACCUAGAACUUGUUCUCGAGCCUUCUUCUAUGUCUUCGUCUUCUUCUUCUUCCACGAACUCAUCAUCAUGUUUGGAGCAGCCUAGGGUCUUCUCUUGUAACUAUUGUCAAAGAAAGUUUUACAGCUCUCAAGCUCUUGGUGGUCAUCAAAACGCUCAUAAGCUUGAAAGAACCUUAGCCAAAAAGAGUCGUGAACUCUUUAGAUCCUCAACCACUGUUGAUUCCGAUCAGCCUUACCCGUUCUCUGGUCGGUUUGAGCUAUACGGCCGUGGCUACGAAGGAUUUGUCGACAGCGGCGGCUCGAGGAAUUUCUCAGGCCGUCGUGUGCCGGAGAGUAGUCUUGAUCAGGAUCAGGAGAUGAGUCACCUUGACUUGUCGUUAAGGCUCUAAAAAAUAAUCUUCUAUUUUGUUUAGUCACAUUAUGAUAUCAAUUGUUAAACCUUAAAUUCAUUGUUUUCGAUAAGUCUAUUACUUAUUAAUUAGCUAUGCUUGCUUUAUGUUAAAUCGGAUUCACGUUGUAACUAUAGUCCUUAAUUCAAAACAAAAUUUCGGUUUGGAA